AACAUUGAUCAAUAAAAAUAUCAGUCGAAACAUGUGAUAAAUAAUAAAUUUUUUGGAUUUAUUAUUAACAUAAACGUUGAUAAAUCAGUGGAGAUAAGUGUUGAGCUACCUUUACACUUUGUGAACCUGUGAUAUUUAUUUUAUUUGGCCAUGUGUAUUGAUGGUUUCGGGAAUUAUAGGGAAAAAUAGGUGACCGAAGCUGCGCAAGGAACGUUUUUAAUAAAUCUACAGCCAUGCAACGUGCAAAUGGGAGACAAAAACAAAACUCGUACCGUUUUAAACCUCGGGCUCGUGACACUCCUUUAGACGAAAACGUCGGAGCGUCAUGCUCAAGUUCAGGGAAUAACGCUCGACAUGAAACCCCUGGAUUAAACUCGAAUAAUAAUGGUAGUCAAAAAUGCGCUGGGGGACACUCGAGCACGGCCAUUCAUUCCAAAGAUAACAAGCUACCUCAAGGUAAACCGACCUCUGAACUUUAUACCACAAACCAACAUCCGUCGCAGCAGCCAUCUCCAGGUCCCAGUCGACUAUAUACAAAGGAUAGCUUCAUUCAACCCAAUAAAGAUUCGAAUGCAGGAAGAAAACUAGAACUUUCGAGCCCAAAUGACGACAAAAGCACUCGAUUUGUUAGAAGACCAGAAGAAAAUAACCGCUCAAGCGCACCCUCGGCCUCAUCGAGUAAUAUGGAUAAAGAAGGAUGGCAGACGAUACAAAGGUCACGACCAGUCAGCACCAGAACUAAAACGCCUUCCCAGAAGCCAUCCUCACAGAUACCGACUGGAGGUGGAGGACAACAAAGAUUAGUAGAACAGGCAGCACUAUCUGGGGGGUCACCUCCAAUGAAGGAAGCGACGACAAAGAUUUCAAGUGAGCCAGUCGUGACUCCACCAAACGGCAGCCAAAAUCCUGUAGCGUCGAACAGCGCCAAGAAGAAGAACAAAAAGAAGAAAAGUGCUCUCUCGAAAGAGGAAAGGAAGAAAAAGCGAGAGGAGGAAAUCUUCAAGGAGCUUUACAAGCCAAAGGACUCGCGUGUCACCCUGCUUAAUUCUGACGUAUUUCAAAAGAUCAAGUCAGGUUCUUCGAAUACUCCUUCAGUAUCUGUUGGGGCCUUCCAAUUCUCGCCAACACCAAUUCCAUCACAAGCCUCAGUCUGUGAUUUCCCAACCCUCCUCCAUUCUGCAUCCAACUUGAAUGAAUCCCCUCAAUUCAAGUCAUUUGCUACAGCAUUGUCCAUGUCCUCAGCAAUUUUACCACCACAUGCGUGUCUGAAAACUGGUGAAAGUAUAAAGGUGAAGACACCAUCCUCAGCCGUACUAUCACCACCUUGCUCCUCCUCUGCAUCACUACUGUUGCUCGAGGAGAGUGUCAAGAAACCAAAGUUGUCCAAGAGGUUAAUCACAGUUAAUAUUUGUGACAUGCUCGAAACACCUAGAAAUCGAAAUGGAGUAGCAAAUAAACAAAUUUCUCGCAAAUCAAAGCAUGAUCGGUUAAGCGCAAUUCGGGACAAUCCGAAACUCACCGUCGGAAAUCUCUUGGAUUCUUCGGGACCUGUGGUUAUCCAUCGAGGAAAGAUAAAACAAAAGAAAAAGAAGCCAUCAAAGUUGAAAAAGUCAAUUUUACAAAGUCGUGAAGCAAGAAAGGCAACUGUACAUCUUUCUUUGAAGGUCUCGCCAUCCGAAUCUACUGAUGAUGAGGAUAAAAAAAUUGGGUCGGAUUUAUUAAAAUGUGAUAAGCUCAAAGAUAGUGGUGAUGAAAUAUCCUGUGCUGGUCUGGAUAGUAUAACAGACUUGAGACACUCCGUCACAUCCGAAGAAUCGGGAACCCCACCAGAAAAUAAAUCGGAAUUUUUGCCUGAAAAUUCAGACUUCUCACGACUUGAAAAUUCAGAGGCUGUGCCGGAAAACUCUCCCAAAAAAUCUUUCAAAGAAUUGAUUGAAGAAGCAGAAGAAAGUUCUAAGACGCCACCCGCAAUACCUGCAAGUGCAAUUCAGCUCGUAAAAUUUCAAAUGCAUACUCGAAAGUUCAGAGACUACUGCGACAUGUUCGUCACUAAAGAACUCCACGGGUUGGUGAUUCCUCUGAUGCAGGAACUUCACCGACUCCAGGACAGAAUUUACAAGACUGACCCCAUCAAACUUCAAACCAAGCGUCGAUUUGUAAACGGAAUCAAAGAAGUUCUGAGUUCUAUGCGUUUGCGGAAAGUACAAUUGGUUAUUUUAGCUCCGGACAUUGAGCCCCACAGUGGAGAUGGGGGACUUGAUGACAAGACAUCUGAAGUACUGUCGUUAGCAGCAGAGAAAAAUAUUCCGUACAUCUUCUCUGGGAAUCGAUAUAUCCUGGGAAGGUGCAUCAAGCAAACUAAAUCUCCAGUGUCCGCCAUUGCUAUUUUGGAUAAGCAAAGUGUUGAAGACAUGUUUAACAAGCUCCUUGAAGCUGCAGAAUCGCUCCGUGAGCAAUACAAAGUGGAAUUCAAUACAAGAAUUCAGGCCGUUAUGGCAAAUGGUGGAUAAGGUCGAGACUUUUUAUGCGUUCUAUAAUCGUUGACAGUGAUAAUUCUAAAGCUUUAUUAUUCAAGUGAUUAAUUCAUUAAUUGAUAUUGUACAAUAAGAGAUAUAUACAUAUGAUUUAUUCACUACUAUAAAUAGUGUGUAUAAUCGUGUAUAUGUAUAAUUUUAGUAAUAAUUAUUAACAUAAACAUUGAUAAACUAUGAAAUACACUUAGUUGGCUUGGGGAGUAGAGGAAAAACCCGAUGUUGGUGGGUUGGGAAAACCUUUACUUGAUCCGGAUAGGCGUCCGAGAUCACCAUUCGGCCCCUUACAUGAUUUUUGUAAAUAAAACGACCUAUCAUUUAAAAUAUAAAAUAAUUCUUCUAAUCCUCGUUGACUGGGGACAGCUCCCAUGAUUGAUAUAUACAUAUAUACAUAUGAAUACAUACCAAGAUUGCUUGACAGUUUAUCAUAAUACAUUAUAAUUGUAAUUAUAAUGUAUAAUUGUAAUUUAAUUAUAAUUUAAGUUUAUCAUAAUUGUAAUUAUUAUUACUAAAGUUGUCUAGCAACCUUGAAUACAUACUUUAGUCGAGUAAUAUAUGUAGUCACGAUUGCUUGACUUUUAGUGCCUAGUUACCCUUAACGGUUGCGACAAAUGGUCGAGUUACAAAUAAAAUAAUUAUUUUUAAAAUAGUUGGUGUAAAAGUCCCUUACAAAUACACCAACUACUUUGACCUUUAAUAACUUUUGAACGGGCAGACAUAGAGACUUAAUUCUUAAAGAUGAAAUCAUCGUAAUUUUUAGCUUGAUUUUUUAAGCUAAAAAUUUCGAGGGUACUAUUUCGAAGAUUGAACUUGAAAUCUCCAGUGUGCAGCCCGAGUCAAGCUCGCUGUUAUCGGUCAAACCGACCAUUUUGCAUAGAAUUUUAUUGUACCAAAUACAUUUUACUAAUGCACUUUACGCCUGUUUUUUGUCAAAUAAACAAUGCGUAUUAUGCAUUGGUGAAAAUUUUAACUAAAUAUAGGUUUUUAGCCUGAAUCAGGGCUUAUGUACCCGUUAUGUCCGUCUGUCCGUCUUGCGAUAACUGUCGUAAAACUAAUCGUAGCAAUAUAAAUUAAAAUAGGAAAAAUUUUCCGAGUUUAUUAAGUUCGUGUUUUGUAAUGGUUUAUAUACCAAAAAUAAAUCACAAAAUUAUAUGCACAUCGUUCAUUACGAGUCCUGCUCUCAGAAUAAUGCCAUCUUACAAGGCUCUGCAAAAUUGUUGCCUUUUUAGCCUAAGUCAGUUCUUAUGGAACCAUCAUGUCCUUCCGGAACACGAUAGCCAAAAUGGCUGAACCGAUUUAGCUGAAAUUUUCAGAACGGGUGAGACCGUAGGGCUUGAUCCAUACAGAUUUUUCAAAAAUAUGUCACUCCACAAGUUUAAAUGCAUUUGGUACAUUACAAUUUCAUGGAAAAUGGUUGGUUUGACCGACAACCACAGAGUCUGACUCGGGCUCACUGGAGAUUUCAAGUUUAAUUUUCGAAAUAGUACUCUCGAGAUUUUUAGCUUAAAAAAUCAAUCAAAAAAUUACGAUGAUUUCAUCCUCAAGAAUUAAGUCUCUAUGUCUGCCGAUUCAAAAGUUAUUAAGGGUCAAAGUAGUUGGAGACUCAAACGCCCUUUUUGAACCAACGAUUUUAAAAUGAAUUUUUAAUUUGUAACUCGACCAUUUGUCGCAACCGUUAAGGGAGACUAACGUUACCUAGAUACUUAAAGUCAAGCAAUCGUGAUAUGUAGUCAAAUCAAAUCGUUACGGAAAUAAAUGAUUGCUGUCCUAUUCAAAAGUUAAUAAAAUGUUCAAAACACA